AUGGGCGUUAUACUAGGCACAGUUCUUGUAGAAAUGUACGCAAACUGCGGAGACAUCAAUAAAGCUUUGACAACAUUCACGAAAAUCGGGCACAAAGAUGUAUUCUCUUACAAUGUCAUGAUCAAGUCUCUAGCAAUUCAUGGAAGAGCCGGAGAAGCAAUAAAUAUUUUCCAUUUGAUGCAGAAACGAGGACUAAAGGCGAACGACCAUACUUACUCGUGUGCCCUUUUUGCUUGUAGUCAUGGAGGUUUAGUAGAAAAAGGCCGUGAAAUUUUCAAAGCUAUUGAGAAAGAUUUAGCCGUUGGUCCAAAACCCGAUCAUUAUUGCUCUAUGAUUGAUCUGCUGUGCCGAAAUGAUCGGUUAGAAGAAGCGGAAUUGUUGAUUGAAGAUAUGAGUUCACAACCCGAUAUUGCUAUUUGGGGAGCGUUAUUAGGUGGGUGUAGGGAGAGAGGCAAUCUUGAAUUGGCAGAGAGUAUAAUUCGUAAGGCUGUUGAAUUGGAAUCGAGAGAGGGUGGAAUGCAUGUGCUUUUAUCGAACAUUCAUGCCUCGAUUGGUCAAUGGUCAAAUGCCGUUCGGGCAAGAGAAGUGAUGGAGGAUAAAGGGAUAUGGAAGAUUAGAGGGAGCAGUAGCGUUAUUCGAUAA